CUGCAUCUACAGCCAAGUGAAACAGAUAAGACCCAGCAGUCUUCCUGCUCUUUCACAUGCAGCCUCAAUGGAUUCCCCUCUUCCCACAACUCCGUAUUGAUUUGUGGCUCUGAUGAGUCGAGAUACCAGCAACUGUUGUAAUUUAUGAAAUGCAGAAAGAGAUCUAAGAAAGGCUACAUUUGUUCCAUUUUAAUGUGGCUGCCUUGGAUCUCACAUGAAUAAUUAUUUAGCUUUUUUUGGUCACAUCACCUUGCUUGAUGUCUUUAUCAUUUACGUUCUUACUUACCCAGGGAGCAGAGCACUAAGUAUGCUAAAGACUCUGGCAGUUUGCGUGGCUGCCAGUCACUUGACAUGAACUGAGCUGCUGAAGUCUGAUUAAAGUACGGCGUGAUUGCUGUGUUAACAUUAGGAGUCCUCUCAUUAGACCCUUGAAUAAAAUUCCGAUGUUGACCCCUUGGGAUGAAUUUAAACGGCAUCUGUGUUUGCAAAUGUAGUAUAAAGAGCAUUCACUGUUCUUUGUGUUUUCCAAAACUGUUUCCUUUGCACUCUCCUUUUCUUUCAUCUAUUGUUCAACACAGGACUGUCGGUUUUAUGUCAUUUGCUGAGUUCCAGCUCUAAUGAGGUGAUUUCCGAAGACACAGCUCUGGGUUUGGGCCAUUGCUUUGAUAUGGAGGGAGUUACCCACCCGCCUGCUCGGUGCUGAUGUUCUGCUGCUUCUGCUGAGACACUCUGCGGGAGAUGUUGAGAGGGCAGCUGUGCAACAAAAUGCAGCAAUCGCUCUUAGGAAAACUGGGAAGAUCCACCCCCAGGUGCUCCCUCUCUCUGUUCAAAAUGGAAAUUAGCCGAAGUAUUUUCAAACUUGAGAAAGCCACACAAGCUGCUGAGUGUAAUUGUGGUUAAAAAGGUUAAUCCAGAUGAAAAUGAACAGCAAUGGACUAAGUACGAAGCAUCUUUUCUGGAAGAAGCCUUUCUGUUUCAUCAGGAAUUAAACCUUAACCCUUCAAGUAGUAUUGAACACCUCUUACAACUCCUUGGCCCGUCCCCUCUUCAACCUAUGCUGGGACAUCCUGGAUCUCCACAUCGACUCAACAGGCCUUUAGUGCCCUCCAUCUCUCUACCAAGGUCACUCUUCCUUUGUUUUUGUUUUCUUUUUUCCCCCUUUUGCGUCAGCCUAUCAAGUUUUAUCACGACCGUAACCCAGUCAACUCCUCCACCCUCACCGUUUGCCCAUGAGAAACCCACACCCCAACAUACUGAACAAAUGACCUCCUGGUUUGGAGAAAAACUCAGGUAUUUCUAUGACAUCAUGAUGCCUCUGUGCAACCAUGGCAACUAACUAGUUCUGGAAGGAAGUGAGUAAAAGGUUAAGGCAGUACUCACACAAAGUUAAAUAGUUAGCUAAUUAAAAAAGAGAAAGAGGCUCUGGUCAAAGGCCACAAAGGCUAUUAGUGGAUAACAAAAAGUCUGGCGUGACAGAUUAGGGAAACUCAUGGACAAAAACAUGGAGAAUUUCAGCAAAUCCUAAUGACAAAACUAUGAGCAGAACAAUUAUAUUGUAUUUACUUCAAUUAUCUCCAAAUUAAAGAUGACAGUGCUGUUCACAUUAGUUAUACUUAAAAGAUGAAGAUUGUGGGGUUAGCUAGAGUGGUAAAAAUGUUUUUCACCAGUCUGUUUCUUUGUCGUAAAGCUUUUUAUAGACCAAACUUUUGAAUGUGACUGAUGCAAUUAGUACCACACACACCAAGUACUACAAAACUGAUAGUUACAAGGAGAUAUGCCUCUUCCAAUUUUAAUUUCCCCUUUAUAAGAGCAGAGAUAAUCAGUUUUUUGCUGUCUUAUUUUUAAAAUUAUAUAAAGCUGAUAAAAGAAGGAGCUUGACAUUUUUGGGGGGUAUGGAUCUUUAAGAAUAAAUGCAACAUUUUUUUUUACAUGUUCAAAAUCAUUCAACUUGCUAGCCAUUGCAGAGGGGUCAGGCUACUUGGAAACUGUAUCCAUGUGAUUUUCUGGUUUGGAGGACACAAGUGAUGACAGUGACCGGUUAUAUGUGCAGACAAGUGAAUCCCUUGUGCUCAGUGACACCAAGCAUUAGUGAGAGGAGUCGUUGCCUCCGUUUUAGCACCUGUAACGGGACUGAGUUGAAAUGAAGAAGCUUUACAGUUUCAUACUAGGAUUUAUCCUACUUAGUGGUAAGUAAAUGUCUUUGGAUUUAUUUAUGUGGAGUUAGUGGUAGCAUAUUAAUUACAUUUUUUUACUGAAGUUUAAUAUGUUAGAAAAAGAUGCAAGUUUGUUGACAAUUAUUGACUCAGAUAUUUCUCCUUCGUCUAAAACAGAAAUAUAUUGUUUGUGUUAUUUUUUUCUUAAAAGAAAAAUACUACACAGACACACACACAUAUUUAUACUGCAUAUAUGUAAACAAUUUAUAGUUUUUUUUUAUUUUUUUACCACAGUAAUUAGUCAUUAAGGACCUUAAAUGACACAAAUUGUUGCUAUUUCCCUCAUUUACAAGAACAUAUAACAUGAUUAAAAGUAAAAACAAUUAUUAAAUAUUAAUAUUAUUUAUUAAACCAUAAAACUUGCUUCUGUAUAAAAAAAAUCUAACUUGGUUUUAUGGCUCUUUCAUUGGUUUCUCUUCUGCUGUGAUUCUAAUGCAAGAGUGUGAGUCCUUGAAAUUAAAUUUACCUAAUGUAUGACUCACUAAUAUGAAAAAGAGAGAAAGUAAUACAACCUUUGGAUUAAAUUGACUUACAUUGAAGCUAACCCACUUGAAUUUUUUUUAAAUAAAUUCUGAGAAUUACAGUGAAUACAUGUUACUGUUGCUCAUAGAGACUUAAAAGCUUUGAAAAGUAUUUUAAUGGAUAAGUUUGCUUUUAUGGAACUAACUAAUUUUUUUAAAAAGCUAAAUAUGUCUUUAAAGUUAAGGAGAAUAUAUGACAUCCGAAACGUUCAGUUCUUUAAAUCGAGUGCUUAAAUGUUUAACAUUCUCAUAAACUGUUUUUCUUUGUUCUUACUUUUUUUGCAUAUUUGUGACAGGAAUAGAUUUAAUGGAGUGAAACUGACUGAUACACUUUGUUUUUUUCUGCUUAGUUGAAGCAGAAAAGGGAGACUUCCAAAGUAAUUUUAACCAGCAAACAAAAAGCACAACUGUCACAAAAGAUCAGCUUUGGGAAAAGGAAAACACAAUUAAUCAUGGCACAGACACAAUACCGAUGGAGAAUACACAUCCACUCUCUGCAUUGUUAGCGACUGCCAGGAUUUCAAGGGCAGUCUUGUUUGACGCCAGACCGACGCAAGCAUAUGAGACGAUGCAAACACCUAAAGGAGCCAUCAUUGUUGCUGAAACCCCCAGGCAUUUGACGUCCAGAAAUGUUCACAACUCAACAGCUUCAACAAAAACCAGCCCAGCAGCUGUGAGGACUGACCUCAAAUCUGAAGUCCAAUCCAAGUCUGUUCAUAAGAAGGAAGCCUUCUCUACUCAAGCUGCACUGGAGUCAGUGAUGAAUGACGCCUCUGAGCUGCAGGUCCAUUUGUCUGCAGAAGCAACAAAAGCCAAUCCUCUGCUUCAUGCACUGCAUGAUAGCAGGAAUCCAAGAAACUCUAACACAUCUGCUGAUGGAGGGCGAGGAGCUCCAAUCCUAUCUGCAUCUCAUCCCCGAGUAAUUGAGAACCUGACCGUGUUUCAUAAUGACAGCCAUGACAAACGAUCUCAAGGCAAAGGUAUUGCAAACCUGGGAAAAGCUAUGAAACUGUCCGCUACCGUGCCAUCCAUCUUCCAAAGUGAUCCAGUAAAUGAUUCCUUGAGAGGAAACAUUGUAGCGGACUUGUGUUUCACCUGCCGGAAAGACGUAAGGGGGCCAUCCACUGAAGCUCGAAAGGCUCUGUCACCCCACGGCUCUUCAGGCCGUCCAGGAAAAGAGGUGCUUGCUCUGGAUUUCAAGCAUCUUACAACCUUAUUGCAAAAUUUGCAUCAGCAGACAGGUGGAAAACAUAGAGAGGAACUGAACAAAGAGAUCAGUCACAAAAACACUGGUGUCAAUGACAGAGGUUCACUCAUUUUCAAUAAGACGUUUCUUCCUUUGUCACACAAUAGACCUGUAAAUCCUCAUGCUGUGGUUAAUUCUCACAUCUUAUCUCACACAGAGUUAAAAAAGGUUGUGUUUGACACAUCGUCUCAUGCUGAGAUGUCAUUAGUAACAGAAGAAAAUACAAAGGAACAAUCAAGACCCACCUUUUUUCAUGAAACAUUUGUCACAGAGAAAUCUGGCGCAGCAACCACCACACUUUAUCCCUCAUCAAAGUCAUUUCCUACUAAUGGAAAGCCAGUGAAAAACGGAGAGCUUUUCGAGAAACAGCUGAGCAUCGGGACCCACCAGUCAAAAGGGAUUUCUUUUACAAAGAGUGACAAAAAAGCUUCAUAUGGUUUCACAACACUUUUUGAGAGCCAAUAUGUCAGCAGUAGUAGCCCAGUGCCUCUCUUUACUGUAACCCCCUACAGCAGUCAGAAAAGUGUCACCUCUAGAGGGACAGAUCACAGCACUGCAUCCCAUCCAACUGCAAAAAUGAACUUGAUUGAGGCUCGUGGGGCAAUAUCACCUUUUUGGACUGUAAGAGCUGAUGCUUUCAUCCCUGUAUCAAGCAUCCAAAUUGGAUCAAAAGUGAGCUCUCAGACCAAAAAACCAAUAUCUACUUUGGUACCAGGGAGUUCUGCAAUUAAGCUUCUAUUGAGAACAGCAAACAGACCCUUUGCAGACCGGCAGAAUUCUCAGAAAUCAACAGAGGAACACAGAAUUAUUAAACAGUCUAUUUUUGAUCCUUCAGUGACAGACAAUAAACAAUUUAUGAAACAGCGGCUCACCUCAACUUUUGCCAUAAGAACAUUGUUUCCUGUGAAGUUCCUUAACACAGAACCAAGGCAGAACUUUGGUAAGGAUGUAUCCAUGUGGACGCAGACAGCUUUACCUCUUUCGUCCUUGUUUAAUAAAGAGACAUACACACCAACCAUUCACAGGAGGACAUUUGAUUUCAGCAACAACAGGUUUCUGACAAAAACACACCAGGCUUUCAUCAGACCCAACAAAAAUCCAUUCACAGGAUCACAAAAUGUCCAUGGCACAAAUGAACCCAUAUCUGCAGAAAAUCAGGGGGUUACAGAGACAGGAGACAUGCAGAAGUUUCGGAAUCAGGAGAGCAGAAGGGAUGACAAUUUCGGAAACAAAAGAGAGGGAGUCUUAAAAGUGCCUGAGACAGAAAGUGAGAAACUGAAAACAAUAAUUACCUCUGAAGCAGAGAUUAUUCAAAACAUUGCAGGGGAGGCAAAAGAUGUGGAAGAGGACAAUGCCAGGAAAAGGAGGGACAAAGAUCCAGGACAAGGGGAUGACAGCAGAGAGACGGAUGCUGAAAGAAGAGGAGUAACGAAAAUAAAAAUAGAGAAUUCUGCUUUAGAAAUGGCCGAAAAGCAGUAUUUGGAGAGGGGACAACCAGGAGCGGAAAACAAGAAAGGAUGGAUUACUGAAGAUACAAGGAGUUACAAGAAAGCAGAGAAAGACAUGACAAAUGUUUUCCUGGAACCUACAGCUAAUUCAGAAGAACCUAAAAGAGACAAAGGGCACACUACUGCAAACCUGUCUCCUCUGCACAGUUUGACGAAAGACCUGGCCGCCUCCAAGCAGAACGGCAUUCAUCAGAGCAGAAACGCUCCGCAGCUAGAAGAAAUCACAAGUAUGCCGUUUUACCAUACAGUGACAACUAAUCACAAACCACCACGCUCAGCUUUGAGAUCUCAGAGACCAAACCGAUCAGAUGCAUUUCCUUCCGGAGAGCCACACACACGGAUUAAACUGCAUCUGCCGUCCCACAAGGAUAAUCUUCAAAAGCACGCAGCUUCACCACCCCUUCAUGCUAGAGAUUUACAAAAGGAGGAAGUAACAUUUUCUGCAACUGCCGCUGUCUUUGGAGUUAGCUCCUUGAAAUUUACAGAUCCAAUAAAGCCAACUAUUCCCCGGCAUAGCGAUACCACCACGUCAGAUCCGCCUGUUUUGCAUAGCAUCAGUAAUAAGAUGUCACUCACCCCUCAUCCCCUGGCAAUCACAGCUGGAAUUCAGACAGCUCAGCCCCACUUUACAGUAAAUAGUUUUCUCAGUUUAUCAAUUAUUCACAGCCGAACAGAUCACAGACACAAACUCAUUUCUUCAGUUUUGAGGGCCAGUUCAAUUUCACACACAGAGAAUGAGAGAGAGCAGGAAGGAUACAUUACAACAGAGAUGGAUCCUGCUCGGCAGCAGCCACAGAUGUCUAAUGACUCAUCUGCAAAGCCACCCACAGUUGCUGCCUCGUCUUCCCAGGCCCGCUUCUCCACGGGCACGUCACAGCCUCACCAGGGGCAGUCUGUCGCUCACAGAAGUCAGUCCUCCUUGUGCUCUGACAUGAUUUCAGGUCAGCCAUGCUCAUUUAAGCUGUCAGCUGUUGAUGGUAACAAGCAGAGAUUUGUAAAGACUCUAACACCAUUAAUGAACCCUGAAGCAGAAAUUGAUCAGUUUCCUCUUAGCAGAAUGUCACCACUGCCAAAUCUCAGGGAAGUUGGAGGACUAACUGAAUCACCCCGAGAGACAAAAACACCACAGGCCAGUGUGAAUAGUGAAUAUGCAAACAGCGAAAAUGACAAGGUGGAGACAUUUUUUGGAACCACCGCGGUGAAAAAUCAAACUGGCGACAAUGAAAGUAUGAAAAUAAUUUUUGUGUCAACAGAAAAUUAUUCAGAUGAGGUGGAGGUGACGCCAACACCAACAACUGGCAGAAGUAAAUUGCACAUGAGUAAUACAGGGGAGGAAUUAAAGCUUACUUCUGUAACUAAAGAAAAUGAUCUGGAUCGUUUGUUGGAUACUGUUAGCAAUUUUGUUCAUGCAAAAAGUGAUAUUGCAAUGCCAGAGCCUAGCAGGACGGAUCAAACUGAUGCCACUUUGUCCAUCACACAGGAAAGUCAUCCACAAGAGUCUAAAGUGCAACUAAACUCUAUAGACAAAGAGAGGAGUUCAGAGUUAAAGUCAAAAACAGAAGAAAAACAGUUAAUGCAAAAUAUGAGCAGUAACACUCCCUCAGUUUCCAAUGUCAGUAAUGAGCUGAUAAUCCAAAGAAAAUUCACACAGCAGAUCCCUGACCCUGAAGUGAACGCUACCUCUCCGUUUCAGAUAAUCCCAGUCUCUUUUGUACCUACAGCCAGGAAAGGUGAUAGUAAUAAAGCUAAAGUGAAUUCCAGAUUAUUGCUUGCCACUGUGAGUGAGAACGUGGCAAUCACUAAAAAGCAAUCUCAGGCUGCUGUUGAACAUACAAUGCACUCCCAUAAUCAUACGCCGUCUUUGUCAGGGACGCAGCCUCUUAUUGCCGCCACUGCAGAAAAAGUCACUCCUGCUGCGAAAAGACAAAGCAGAACUGAAACGCAGAGUGUGGGGCGUCCUCAGCAUCAGAUUUUUGCUCAGGCUACUGAACAAAGCCAGCACAUCCAGCCUGCUAUGACGGCAGCAUCAUAUCCCGAUAAUGAAGCAGAUGCAGACAGCACAGCAGGAUCUUUGAGGACUGUCCACAGAGCUGGAAGGGCACAUGCGGAAGCAUCUGCUGCGAGUGAAAUUAUGAACUUUUCUUUACUUCAAGAUGUCAGAUCAGCUCAGAUUUUAUCGACGGUGGAUGAAAACAAACAUGGGUCACUUGAGAGGAUUUUUGCAAAUUCCACACCAGAUAAAAGAGGAGAUAAGAAGCAACCAUUGCCUAAAAAGGGGAAUAUGAACGCUACGACUGAUUCUGUUCGACCAGUAGGGGUCUUACCCACAGACGUCAUUAACAAAACUACUGACACAACAUAUACUGUGAGUGUGACUAAACAAACAAAGGACAUGUACAAAAUCCUCAAUGGAAUGACAAAAAGAAACACUAUUGUUAUGGAAAACUGUACCUCUGACUGUGCUGUAGAUGAAAAUGUAACAAGACAAACCAACAACAUCAAACUGUACUAUUCACCAGUCACCAGUAAAUCCACACGUGACCACACCAGUGUUGAUGAGACAAUGUCAAAAAAGACCACAGGUACAUCAGACAACAACACUCGUUUGGAAAGACACAGGUCGCCUCCGUGGACUCAGUUUGUGAAAAGACCAACUCAAAGACACUUUCCCACAGAGAUCCCUGCAACAAAGGCCACUCUCUCUGAACCUGAAACAACGACUGUGCAGACCCCAAUCAAGUCUACUGAGCGGGCACUGCUGACAGAAAAUCACAGCAAGAAACUAUUGCACAGAGGAGCAGGCGGAGAUGGGAUAUUUGAAGCACAGAGUGUCAGCAGGUCAGCUAAAGCACAGAAGAAAAGUCCACUGGCUCAGAGCAGGUCUUUGGUGUCAGAGCUGAAGCAGAUCUCACCACAUCUGUACCUUUCAGGUGUUACAGAAGUUUCAGAUGACUCAUGUGGCACUGGCAACUACACAGCAGAAAUGAGUCUGAACGUGGGAAAGAGUGUUGAUCCCGGUGAUGCCCUUCCAUCCCAGGGCAGCCUGAAGGUGGUUAUUAACCUGAAGACAAACAACAGUCAAAUAAACCUCGCUGUCACCUCCUGCUGUCUGUCCCCAACCAUUCAGCCUGACCUCUCCAACUCCACCUGCUGUCUUUUCUCCAGGUUAGCAUCGCAGCCGGCGGGUAUCACUCUGCUCCCCAGUGCCUUGUCGACGACUGCCGGCUUCACCAUCAGUCUCUUUCAAAUGAUUAAUUACUCGGUAGUGUACCUACACUGUGAUCUCAGUGUCUGCCUGAGGAACCGCUCUGACUGUGAAAGGCGAUGCUUUGAGCAGAGGAAGGCGUUUUCCUCCAAGGAUCUACGCGCUAUUGUCACCAAUCUCAGAAAUCGCAUAUCUUUUGGGCCCAUGUUGAAGCAAGCGAAGAAUUCCACCCUCCCAGAGGAGAUAGACCCAUCAGAGCUGGAACUGGUUGUUGUCAUUAUCAGCCUGGUCGCUGGCUCCUCUCUUUUCACUGUGACGCUGCUUCUGGUUUGGCUGGCCUAUCGUCACAGAGCAAUCUGGCCGCUCCAGUCAACGGCUCCACCUCCAGCCUGCUGCGGCUGUCGACGCCCAGGAGGCGACUUGAUCGUACCGUGACCAGGAAGGAACUGCUGCCAAUUACCCUGAUCAAGUCUCCACCAAAAUAGCGGCAGACAAUUACAUUAGUCAACAGACAGUGGAGCAGUCAAUCAUAUUUGCCAGUGAGCAGAAGCAGCCAGUUUGAUCAGCCGAUAUAAGAAAGAAUAGACAAUGAGGAGCAAUCCAAUUGACACCUCCUUUCAUAGGUGACACAGCUGUUGCAGUCAAAUUUCACACUUAACCAUGAGCAGUCUAUUAUCGUUCACUAGAAAUAAACAGCAUCCCUAAAUAGAAAGCCUGUACUGAUCCCUUUAUUUCUUCCUCAGUAACACAAAUCAAUGUUCGCUGUAAACCACUUUAAUAAAGAUUACUUGUUAAUAACA